AAACCAAAAAGAGACGCACUUGCACUUCCUCGUAAACAGUCUUACGUCUUUAACACACGGAUUGAGCCAAGGAGACACGUAUACAUAUAUGUAGCUAUGCUCACUUCUCAGUCUUCCUUCCAGGACUCUGUAGAUGGAGACGAGAAGGACACGGAGCUGGAGUCGGAGGGGUGUCUAAUUGACCCCGUGACAACACCGCAACAAUCAAGCAAUUCGUACUAUGCUCUGUAUUUCUACCAGAGCUCCAGACUGCAUGGAGCAGAUGACAGUGAGGCAGGGAGCCACGGGAAACCUGUAUCCACACCCGGGGAUGAGUUUAGUCUUUCCCUGGGUGACACCAACCUGCCAGCCGAGGCUGAGCCAGAGCUGCAGAGUUAUGUUUCCAGGCGUCUGAGCAAAGGAGCGCUUCUAGGAGGCAUGGGGAACAUAGCGACUGUGCCACUGAGUGUUCCAGAACAAGCGCUUGGUUGCUAUUGCUGUCUGGUGCAGCAAGACAAGUUACAGGACCAGGCCGGCGCAGCAGGUGGGAUCAGCACUGAUUUUGUCAUCUGUUUCCUAGGGGGCUCGGAGAAGGGCCUUGAACAUUUCAGGUUGGAGCUGGAUACUUACGUGCAUGGAUUGCAAAGGUCUCUGAGUCCAGAGCUGAGUGACUUAGAGACCCACAUCAGGCCUUACUUGAGCAGCUGGUACGAGGAGUGUGUAAUGCACAUACAAAGAGUGGUACAGCUGACCCAGGACAAGGUUUCCUUUCUGCUGCAUGCUGCUUUGAGUCACACUCACGUGGAAGUCGUAGGAGGAGAAGACAAAGUCAAAAAGGAUAUCAACAGGUUUCUAAACGCCGCCAGUUUCCAGGGUCUGAUUCACGAAGACACCACGGCAGCCACUCUGUGUAAUGCAUUAUCAGAGGAGCCCCAGAAAGAUGUGACUAUAGACUGCAGCCAGCAGCAGCCUCAGUUCCUGAACGCAGGCAGUAACCGGUUUUGUGAAAGUUGGGUCCAGGCCUUUCUGAACGGGGCGGACGGGGGCAAUCCAUUCCUUCUGAGACAGAUUCUUGAAAACUUUAAACUAAAGGCAAUCCAAGACCUGAACAACCUGAAGAGGCUCAUCCAGCAGGCCGAGAUGAACCACUACGCCUUGUUCAGGUGCUACGUGUUUCUGAGGCACUGCGGGAACGGAGACGUGCUCCUGCACAACGUGAAGGUGGAGCACGCCGAGAUGCCAGAGGCGCAUAAGAUAGUGCAGGUGCUGGAGGAGUUCAUGUAUGAAGAGGGCUCCACUAGCCUUCAGUAACUGAGCAGGACCCUCUUUGCAAAGGGGAGACUCGAGUGACCCCACCACCACCCAGUCUGACCCCCUAACCCUGAUACCUGUUCCUUACAAUGCUGUGCUCUCUUUUAAUAAACACUACAAGCUGUCGGGAAGGAUUUCGUGAAUAUAGAGUUGUGAGUUAAAUGUGGGGGGAAAGAAAAGGUUCUAAUGCAUACAUGUUGCGAUGUUGUGUGGGUUUGCUGCCCUUCCCCUCUUGUCUUGCUGUUCCAGGGGUGAAGCGGAGGUGCUCGUUGUGGAGGUUCCCAUUGAUUACCUAAUUACUGUGUCAGAUGCUUUUCAGAUUUUACAUUCUAGAAGACUCCACUGCAGCCCACGCUCACCCACCCACCGCUUCACAAGCCUAGCUCGGCUUUUCAUGUUUACCAGGCUUGUGCUUUUUAUUAACACUGAAGGGCUUUUUCGGCAUCCUGAAAAAGAUAGAUAAAUGAGCCGUUUACAGAGAAGUGACCUGAUGCUAAGAGCUCCUGAAGGGCUCAUGAGGCUUGCACAGCAGAGCACUGCUUGCAUUCAUUACAAAUACAAAUAGCUGUUUUUGUUGGGGAAUAACAUCCAGAUGAGCUCUCUAGUUAAACUGGAAAUAGAUGCUGCAACUGUAUUAACCAAAUAAAGAAACUUAUAAGAAACAGAAAGUUUGACAUACUGUAUUUUGUAUAUAAUAUUGAGUGCAUUGCACUGUCUUUCAGCCCAUGUCCCCUGUAUUAAAAAAUGCCCACUUGGAAAUACAUUAAAGAUUAAAAAUGUCAUG